AUGGCAAGUUUGGAAGCCAUCCUGAAAACACAGGCAGUAAGAGUGCCUAAACCCAUCAAGGUUGUAGAACUGCCUGGGGAUAAUACUGUGCUGGUGAUGGAACAUUUGGAAAUUAAGAGCUUAAACAGACAUUCAACACUGCUUAGAACUCAGCUGGCUGAUCUUCACCUUCAUAACCAGCAGCUUAGAGAGAAGAUGAAGAAAGAAGGGAGCACAAUUGGUAAUAGACAAGGGCAUAUGGAACUCCAGUUUGUGGAUAGGUUUGGCUUUCAUACUGUUACCUGAUGUGGUUAUCUUCUGCAGCUAGUGCUGUUCCCUCAGGUGAACAACUGGAAGAGUGGCUGGGUGAGUUUCUUUACCAGACAAAGGAUCCAGCCCCAGAUGAACCUGAUCAAAAGGAACUCAGGAGACAGGGAAGCAAGGGAACUUUGGGCACAGCUGCAGCUGAAGAUACCCAGUUUUUUCUGUGGUAUAGAAAUGGUUCCUUCUCUCCUGCAUAGGGAUCUGUGGGGAGGAAAUGUAGCUGAGAAUGAUUCUGGUCCAAUUAUCUUUGAUCCAGCUUCUUUCUACGGCCAUUCGGAGUAUGAUCUUGCAAUAGCUGGGACGUUUGGUGGCUUCAGCAGUUCUUUUUAUUAUACUUAUCACAGUAAAAUCCCCAAAGCCGUAGGGUUUGAGAAAUGCCUGGAGCUUUAUCAGCUGUUCCACUGCAUGUACCACUGGAACCAUUUUGGUUCAGGGUACAGAGGGUCAUCUAUAAACAUGAUGAGAAACCUUGUAAAGUAA